CUGAGCUGCAACUUACUGACAACAGAUAUGCACUAGUCCCAGCAGACAAUACCAGAUGAGAAACCUCCCCUGCUUUUGAUCAUCAGAAGAGCUAGAAACAGCAAUGUGCUUCUGAUUUUUCCCUUCAGAGAAAACUGAUGUCUGCAAGAUUUGAAGCUUACUUUCUUAUAAAGAAGAGCGGCCUAUGACUGACACAAAACUCAUUGUGAAUGCAGAUUUUUGUGUUUCUGCUAGUAUGAGCAACUAAGGAAAACUCCUGCGUGACUUCGUCCCAUGUGCACAGCAACAGCUGAGGAUUUCUUUUCCGUUUUCUCUUUCUCCACCCUUUUUCCUUUUUCAACCUGUGCUCUAAGUCCUUAAUCACCUGUGAAUUCCACUCCUUUGCUGAAAAUGAAUGCCACACACUUUGCAUUUUCAUUUCAGCCUAUGCUGUUUAAUGUCACUGAAGAAUUCAAUGACUCAAUGCUGAACAGAAGUAGCGAUGGAUUUUGUGAGCAGGUCUUCAUAAAAGCAGAGGUCUUCUUGACUUUAGGGAUCAUCAGCCUCCUGGAAAACAUCCUUGUAAUUCUUGCAGUGCUGAAGAAUGGAAACCUACAUUCUCCCAUGUAUUUCUUCCUUUGUAGCUUGGCUGUUGCAGAUAUGUUAGUGAGCAUGUCAAAUGCUUUGGAGACUAUCAUGAUUGCAAUCCUAAGCAACGGCUAUUUGAUCAUUGAUGACCACUUUAUUCAGCAUAUGGACAAUGUUUUUGACUCAAUGAUUUGUAUUUCUUUGGUAGCCUCAAUUUGCAGCCUCUUGGUUAUAGCCAUUGACAGGUACAUAACUAUUUUCUAUGCUCUCCGUUACCAUAGCAUCAUGACUGUUAAGAAAGCUUUAACUCUGAUUGUGGUCAUUUGGAUUGCUUGUAUAAUCUGUGGUAUCAUUUUCAUUGCCUACUCAGAAAGCAAAACUGUCAUUAUCUGUCUCAUCACCAUGUUCUUUACAAUGCUCUUUCUCAUGGCUUCCCUUUAUGUCCACAUGUUCUUGUUUGCACGCCUGCACGUUAAGCGGAUUGCAGCCCUCCCUGUUGACGGUGUGCCCUACCAGCGUACCUGCAUGAAGGGAGCCAUCACCAUCACUAUCCUACUUGGUGUCUUCAUCGUUUGCUGGGCACCUUUCUUCCUUCACCUCAUUCUCAUAAUUUCCUGCCCAAUGAAUCCAUACUGUAUUUGCUACACUUCACAUUUCAAUACCUAUCUUGUCUUGAUAAUGUGCAACUCAGUAAUUGAUCCACUCAUUUAUGCUUUCCGGAGCAUGGAGAUGAGAAAGACUUUCAAAGAAAUAGUGUGUUGCUGUUAUGGCAUGAGUAUGGGACAGUGCAUGCUGUAAACAUCCAGCUCUGUGUUGAGAAGAGAGAGGAUACACACAAUAGGUUUAUGAAUAUACAUAUGUAUCUAGAUAUGUAUCUAUAUACAUAGAUAUUUCUGGCUUAAAAGCAUUGCCUGAAGGAAAAGCAAAGGAUAAAAACAAAAAAACCCAACUAAAUACAUUGAUUCAUACUUUUCGAAAUGAAAGCCAGAUUCGACCAAGUUAUUUGAAACUAUUUAAAUAACAGAAGACAAUCUGAAGUGGCUUACAAAAUAGCUUAAGAAACUCGCCUGAAAGUGAAUAGUACCUUAUAGAGAAUGAAAUAAUAUUCUCUCUGCCA